AUGGGGUUAGGAAUACACCAUUUGGAGACUGCAACUACUAUUGGUAAUGCAACUACUGCUACGAAGGCUGCUCUUAUUGAUACAGGGGUGCAGCAAAAAAAACCCUUCAAAAUAACCCUUCGCAAUUUCGUUAGGAAGCACAAGAUUGGUUUGGUUGCCAUCUUCAAACCAAGAAUCAGUGGUGUUUUGGCUCAAAAGAAGAUUAAGCAGAUUGGUUUUAAACAUUCUAAAGAAGAGAGUUUCUCUGUCACUCUCAUAGAAAAAUCUAAUCAGUUUGUUCAUGUUUCCUGUCAUCCUAAUUAUGGUCCUACCUUUCUUUUAACUAUGGUUUAUGCCACUCCGAAUGAGGGCUUGUGUGAAGCUCUUUGCUUAGACCUUAUUAGAAUUAGUGGGAUUAUUGUGGGUCCUUGGAUGAUGAUGGAAGACUUUAAUGAAAUUGUUUCAGCUAAAGAAAAGAAAGGUGGUGCUCCCUUUAAUCUUGCUAGAUGUUCAAAGUUCUCUUCUGUCCUUAGUGACUAUAAUGUCCUUGACCUUAGCUGUAGAGGGUCUAAUUUCACUUGGAGAGGUCCCAAAUGGCUGCAACUUAAUAGAGUUUUCAAAAGACUGGAUCGAGUGUGUGCUAACACUGAUUGGAGAACCAAAUUUGAUGAAGCAUAUGUUAGAACUAUGCCCCACCUUAAUUCUGACCACAACCCCUUCCUCCUCUCUAUCCUCCAAUUUAUAAUUGGAAACAUAGGCCCUUCAGAUUUCUGGCGGCCUGGCAAGACCAUUCUUCUUUCCCCCAUUUUCUUAAAGAUGUCUAGUGCUCAAACCUCAGCAUAA